UUCCUGGAGCUGGGAGGAGGCUUUGCGCAUGCGCACAUGUAUGCUACGUCAGCCUUCUCGGUUAGCGAGUGUGUGUAAUAUAUACGUGGCUUUACUCCGAAAUCUCUGAAGUUCACCUGUAACACCGCUUUACCACCUACGUUUACUCAUAUAGCCCGAAGUCAACAUGGAUCAGGUCAUGCAGUUUGUCGAACCCGGCCGCCAGUUCGUCAAGGACUCCAUCAGGCUCGUGAAAAGAUGCACAAAACCAGACAGAAAAGAAUUUCAGAAGAUUGCUAUGGCCACAGCGAUUGGGUUCGCCAUCAUGGGCUUUAUUGGAUUCUUCGUCAAGCUCAUCCACAUCCCAAUCAACAACAUCAUCGUUGGUGGUUGAAUCAAUGCCAUUUUGAAGCUGUUUGGACAUUGGAAGCUGCUUGGAACAGCGCUGGAUGAUGGACCGGGACUGAAUUUGUACAUGUUUGUUCUUUUUUUGGGAUUUUAUUUUUUGUUGUGGUUUUAAUAAAUCAAUGGGAAAAAAAAGUGAA